AUGGAUCAGUCUCUCGCCCUCAACUCCCUCGCGCCCUUCCUUGCGCUCGCGAAGUCGGCAACAUCUCCUCGCGCGGCAGCAGAUCUCAUCGCUCAGGCAACAUCGGCACCAAACACCUACGUCUUCGCGGAGCUGCUUCAGCAGAAGAAUAUUGAGGCGCUGCAGGGGAACGAGCAAUAUGGCAGUCACCACGAGCUUCUUCAGUGCUUUGCAUGGGGGACGUGGGAGCAGUACAAUGCAACUCCCGGCUUGCCUGAGCUGAGCGACGCCCAAGCCACCAAACUCCGCCUGCUCACCCUCCUCACCAUCGCCUCACAGCCCAAAACAACAACCACCAACCUCACCUACAGCUCCCUCUGCACCCAACUCUCCCUCGCCUCCCCCAUCGACCUCGAACACCUCAUUACCCAAGCAAUCUACUCCAACCUCCUUCAGGGUACUCUCAACCCCGCCGCCCAAACCGUCGUCAUCACCUCUGUCUCCCCACUCCGCGACCUCGCUCCCGGCAGCGUCGCAGGCAUGAUCAGCGAGCUGGAAGCGUGGAGCUCGAGAUGCGAUGGUGUAUUAGGCGAGUUGGAGGCGGAGAUCGCGAAGGUAAAGGCGGAGGCGGUGAAGAGGGACAAGGCGGAGAAGAAGAUGGAGAAGCAGGUCAAGGCUGUCACGGACGCGGCCGAGAAGACUGAUCGGAGGGGUGGCGGGGGCGCAGGUACGAGAACAGCGAAGAAGGCGGAGGCGGAGGAUGAUGGAGAUGAGGACUGGGAUGGGAUGGAUGUUGAUCCGGGCACGGGAGGUGGAGGUGGGAAGAAGAAGGGCGGCGGUGGGUUUGGUGGACUUAUGGGCAAAUUGUCGGCUAAGGGCGGUGGAAGAUGA